UAACGCGCGUGCUUGUGACAGUACGCAGACGUGUGUGAGCUUGGGAAAAAAUUAUUCAUUGAUAGAAGAUUAAUCAGGAGGUGAUGUUUAACAUAUUGAGUUAACAUUAAUAGUUGAUUAGUUAAGAAAAGAUAGUGUGUUUUGAUGAUAGAAGUGGUCAAAGUCUCGCUUUGUCAUCAUUCAGAUUGUCCCCACCCUUUAGUUCGCAGCAACGCACAAAAGGAUCAGUCGCUUGGAUCUGUGAGUCCUUUGUGCUUUGGAUGUCCUCCAGGUUGAAUGUAUAAAACUGUCAAGUUUGCUGUUGUGAGGGCAUUUGAUUCUGGCCAGUGUGCUUGUUAGUAGUGACUGCCAUUCGGUGUCAGACGUUGAAGACAAUAGGGCCAGUUUUGAUACAGUUUUUAAGCAUACGAAAAAUUACGAAUAAUAGUGACCACUUGGGUUAUGACUCGUGAUCUUGGGAUUUACUCAUUCUUCGUGCUGAAGAUACGAGGUUACUGCUGUGAAUAAUGGACGAUAUGAAAAAUCUUGCACUUGGUGGAACUAUUCAAAGAUUCAAUGGUGAUGAACAGGUGCAGUUUAUUCCUGAAGAAAGUAACCAGGUGACAAUUAGAUCACCACCACCAUCGUCACUUCAUUUAGAAAAUCUAAAUAAUGCAAUUUUAGGAAGCUCACAGAAUAAUGUUCACUGCAGUUGCAAUGGCACGUCAACGACAACAACUGCAAACGGUAGUGCUGGUUCCGGUUGUGCAAGCGGAGGUUUGGCGAGAAAAAUUCAAAAUCAUACUGGUGCUAGCCCAGGUCAAGUUAAUAAACGACCUGCGGUUGCACUCACACAUUUACCCAAGAGACCUCCUGUCGACAUCGAGUUCAAAGAUUUGGCCUACAGUGUAUCCGAGGGUAGACAGAGAGGGUAUAAGACUAUUUUAAAAUGUGUUAACGGGAAGUUUAGAUCGAGCGAAUUAACUGCCAUUAUGGGUCCGUCUGGUGCUGGUAAAAGCACUUUGAUGAACGUUUUAGCAGGAUAUAAAACAUCCAAUUUAAAUGGAUCAAUAUUAAUAAAUGGAAAGGAAAGAAAUCUCAGAAGAUUUCGAAAAAUGUCAUGCUACAUAAUGCAAGAUGACCGGCUUUUACCCCACUUGACAGUUCACGAGUCAAUGAUGAUAUCAGCGAAUUUAAAGCUUGGCAAAGACAUGGAUGUUGCCGCUAAAAAAGUAGUUGUUGAAGAAAUACUUGAUACCCUAGGCCUAAGUGAUGCAAGUAAUACGCAAGCACAAUGUCUAAGUGGCGGACAACGAAAAAGAUUGUCAAUUGCAUUAGAAUUGGUCAAUAAUCCACCAGUGAUGUUCUUCGAUGAACCUACGUCGGGCCUUGAUAGCUCUUCUUGUUUCCAAUGCUUGAGUUUGCUCAAGUCAUUAAGUAGAGGAGGAAGAACAAUAAUCUGCACGAUACAUCAACCAAGUGCUCGUCUUUUUGAAAUGUUUGAUAAUCUUUAUCUGUUAGCGGAAGGUCAAUGUAUUUAUCAAGGAAAUGUCGGUGGUCUCGUGCCAUUCUUGGCUUCUAUGGGUUUAGAAUGCCCUAGUUAUCACAAUCCAGCUGAUUAUGUUAUGGAAGUAGCUUGUGGAGAACACGGUGAAUGUGUAGAAAAAUUAGUGAUGGCUGUGAACAAUGGAAAAUGUAAUAAUUAUAAACAUAAUCAAGCUGCAAUUACUGCAUCAGCACCAAUGGUAUCUAAUGAUAUAGCAAAACAAUCACCACCCAGAGAACAAACGAAGCCUGAGGGUGAUACGUUAAUUCCUAAUGGAGUACCAAAAGGUGCUGGUGGUGCACUAGUUUUGAAUAUGCCUGUUUCUUGCACGACUUCUUUGUUAGAUAGUGCAGAAAGUAUAGAACAAAAAGUUGGCUUUCCUACAAACGGAUGGACGCAAUUUUGGAUUUUACUUAAAAGAACGUUCUUAUCACAAAUGAGAGAUAUGACCUUGACGAGGGUAAGGCUAAUUUCUCAUAUAAUUGUUGGCUUACUCAUCGGAGCUCUUUACUAUGACAUUGGAGAUGAAGGUGGUGAAGCUUAUAGCAAUGCAGGAUGUAUCUUUUUCACUGUUAUGUUUCUCAUGUUUACUGCGAUGAUGCCAACGAUACUCACAUUUCCAACAGAAAUGUCUGUGUUCGUCAGAGAGCAUUUAAAUUACUGGUAUUCAUUGAAAUCGUUUUACUUUGCCAGAACUGUAGCAGAUUUGCCUUUCCAAACAGUGUUUUCAAUAGUUUACGUUAUGAUAGUUUACUUUAUGACAUCGCAACCACUGGAAGCAUAUAGAUUUUUAAUGUAUCUUAACAUUUGCGUCUUAACUGCUCUUGUAUCACAGUCCAUUGGGCUUUUGAUAGGCGCAGCAAUGAGUGUUGAGAGCGGAAUGUUCAUUGGUCCGGUGUCCUCAGUGCCGAUAGUUCUCUUUUCCGGCUUCUUCAUUAAAUUUACAGCGAUGCCAAACUACUUAAGUUGGUUGUCAUAUGUAUCGUUUAUUCGAUAUGGCUUCGAAGGAGCGAUGAUCACCGUAUUUGUACAAUCGACCUCGUCUCAAGUGCUCGUUCGAAUACUGCCACUUCAGGACUCCGACCAAGUUCCUCGAGGAGAUGGCGAUGCUCGAUGCAGUCUACUGGAUCGAUGUCGUAGCUCUUAUUGGCUUUCUCAUUCUCCUGAGGAUCUGCACGUAUUUCGUAUUAAGACUCAAACUUAGAUCUCUUCGUUAACUGUGCAAGUAGUCGAAAAAAGACAAUAAAAACCUUUAUCAAUGAAAUUAUUAAUUACAAUUAAGUUAUUUUAUCCAAUUUUAUUGAAUAACACCACAAUUGAAUUGGAAAAAAUAAUAUAAAAUGGAUCAAACGAAGAUGAUAAAAUUUAGACAAAAAUAAAUUAGAAUGUCAAUGGAGCGUAAGCCAAACAUUUUUCAACUGAAACAGAAAAUCAAUUGUUGAAACUGUUUAAGACUGAAAUUAAUGGAAUGUUUAGAUUGUUCAAAACUGUUGCAAAAAAAAACGUUCAAUGUGAAAUCUUAUUCAAUUAAUGAAACAAACAAAAAUCUCUGGAUAAUUUUACUUAACAGUUUCGAAAGAAUUUUCAACAAUUUUACUUUUAAGAGCUCUUAAUAAGUUAGACAAUUUUUUAUUAUAUGUAAAAUAAUUAUUUCAUUCUACAUACAUUUUUACUACUCACUAAAACGAUAAAACAUAACAAAAACUAACGCCAUUACAAUAUUUAUAAUUUUUUUAAUUUUCUAUUCAUUUUUUUAAAUGGAAGGGAAUUAUAAUGAAAAUCGAAAAAAAAUUAGUAUAUUAGCGAAUUGAAUUCGCCAGAGGCCUUAGAUGCCUAUAAGACUUCCCUCCAACGAUCAUAAUGCCGAAUCGUUUAUAAUAGGAGCUGAAUAAAUAGCCUAAAGAAAAUAAUCGGUAGAAUUUAAUCAAUGAAAAUCAUAAAAAAAAAUAGAAAAAUGAAAGAAAUUUUGUCAUUCGCUUGACAUUUGCAUAUUAAAAUAAUAUAUAAGACACACUUGACGUCAUAAAAUCCUUAAUCGUAUUCAUAGAAAUGGAAAAAAAAACAUAUAGGACAAGAUUUUUACUGUAUAACCAUAAUAAUUCCUACAUAAAUUCAUCUCUUUACUCAUAUCGUAAAUCAUACCUUAUAAAUACUCGAUUAUUACGCGUUUUUAAAUAAAAAAAACAAAAAUUACUUUUAUCGAAGAGCUCGCACUUGACCAAUCACUGGCUGCCUGGAUUUUGCUUCUCAAUUGCAAAAAUGCCACCGCAUUUUUUCAGCGAGAUCAACGAAACAAAAAAA